CGUGAGUCGUAGUUCGUCUGGGAGGCGUACCCACGGCGUGAGCUGUGGCAGCAGCCAGUCUGGCAUUGUUUACCAGUGACCGAAGGUCCCCUCACAUGCUCCAGCGAAAUAUUUCAUAAUAUUCCAUUUGUUUUAGUGCUUGCAAGUACUAAAUAAGCUACCAUGGCUCCAAAGAAAGCUCCUAGUGCCAAGCCUGUGGUAAAGAAGGUGAGAAAUACGAUUGAAUUUAAGAAAACCAUCAUUGAACAAUAUGAAAGUGGUACAAGUGUGGCCGAAGUGUCCAGGAUGUAUAAGAAACCCUACACAACCUUAUGUUCCAUAGUGGCCAAGAAAAAGGAAAUCAAGGAUGCUGUUGUUGCAAAGGGAGUAACUAUGCUGACAAAAAUGAGAUCACUAGUACUGGAAGAGGUUGAGAAGUUAUUAUUGGUGUGGAUAAAUGAGAAACAAUUAGCAGGAGAUACUCUUAUGACUUCGAUUAUUUGUGAAAAGGCUAGGCAGUUGCAUGAAGAUUUGGUAAAGAAAUUGCCUGCAAAUAGUGGUGAUGUGGGUGAAUUUAAGGCCAGCAAAGGCUGGUUUGAGAGAUUUAAGAACCGUACUGGCAUACACAGUGUGAUUUUUACUAUGUGGGGUAAGAUGGAAAGCUUUAUGGAGAAAAAUCACCCUAACAAGGUUGUUGCAAGCCAUAUUGGCAACAUGUACAGUGACAAAGUCUUGGGCCAUUUUAGGGAAGUGUUAAAGAGUCGCCAGAAACAGAGCUCUCUCCACAGUUAUUUUGCGAGACAGGACUCCAUUGACUCUCAAGGUGGUCCUAGUGGCAUUAAGAAACAGAGAAGACAAGCAACCCCAGAAAAGCAAUUGGUACCUGAGGUGUUGAUGGAAGGGGAUUCCCCUUCCAAACUAUAAACAAUCCACUCUCUCUCCUCCUCCAGUCUCCCAUACACUAAGAAGAAUCUCCAAUAAAGGUAAGUGUUAUGCUGUUAAUGUUUCAUUCAUCAUUUCCCAUUGUAUUGUUUAUGUACUACAUGUAUAUUUCAUGUAAAAAAUUUUUUUUGUUUUAAUACUUCUGGGUGUCAGGAACAGAUUAAUUGUAUUCACAUUAUUUCUUAUGGGGAAAAUUGAUUCGUAAAUCGUAAAUUUUGUUUAUAGUAAUGGCUCCAGGAACGGAUUAAUUAUGAAAAAUGAGG